AUGGAAUUCACUCGAGCUCAAACUGCUUUUGAGGCAGAGAAAACACAAGAUGCUAGUGUCAAAUUGGGCCUUCCGCCAUGGCAUCCUGAUUUGACGGGUAUUCACGAUCAGAGCACGGUCGAUCUGCUCAGGGAGCAGAUCCUUGCCCUUCCUCAAGACGAACGCAAUUUCCUCCGUGCGCCCCCCAGUGGUUCAGCCUUUAGCUGGGACUCAGAGAAAUCAGCUGAGUUGCUCAGUACAGCAGCUACAAUGUUGCAGGAGGACAAGAACCUGGCUUUAAUGCGCUUCCGCUUGGUACCAAAAAAAUUGAAGGAAGACGAUUUUUGGCGCAACUACUUCUAUCGAAUUUCUCUCAUUCGCCAGGCUGCCCAGCUUUCUCUUCUUGCCAAUGUUUCUCCCGAGGACGCCAUGCUCUUCAACUCGGCGGGUGAUGAAGGUAACUAA